AUGGCCUCAGCGCUUUGGUAUCUUGGGUUUUCGGUGAUGCUGAGUGUGGGCUUCGCGUCCGCCCGGAUCGUGACGGCGGUGCACCCCCGACCGCCACAGCAAUGGCUCGGGCUCAAGGGCGAAAGCGACUACCUGGCUAAGCUCGGCUCGCGACGGACAGGCUCGGAAGCCCAUAACCAGCUCAUCCAGCACAUCCAAGGACGGCUCGAGUCACUGGGGCUGCACGUCCACACCGACACCUGGCACUUCUCGUACGACAACCUUGGCUCGCUCAACCCGGGCCGGCUGACCAUCGGCUGUCGACCCAUCACGGUCUCGUCCACCGUACCGUACUCGGGACACACGCCCGACGGCGGCGUCGAGGGCCCCUUGAUCAGCCUCGCCGGCACCGGCCACCCGCCCAGGUGGGCAGACGCGGCGGGCGGCAUCGCCGUGGUGGAGAUUGCGAACCCGCCCUUUGCAAACACCAGCACGGCGCUGCCGCUCUGGCCCGGCUCGCCGCCGUGGCCGGACCAGUACACGGGCGUCCCCAGUACGCCUGCGAACGCGCUGGUGACGAACCUCACGGCGGCCCGCGACGCCGGCGUCCAGGCCAUCGUGUACGUCUGGGCCAACAUCAGCGACGGCCUCGCCGCGGGCCUGUACGCGCCCUUCCACAACCCCUUUUUCGGCAUCCCGGCCGUCUACACCUCGGGCGAGGCGGCGCAGGCCGUGCGUGCGGCCGCGGCUGCAAACAGAACGGCAAGGGUGACGCUGCCGGGGUGGUUGGAGCACGGCACGCCCACGCGCAACAUCUGGGUUGUCGUGCCCGGCACCGAGCUCCGCAACGAGUCCGUCGUCAUCAACACGCACACGGACGGGACCAACGCGGUCGAGGAGAACGGCCACAUCGCCAUGCUUUCCUAUGCCCGCUCGCUGGCGCGCGCCCCGCCGCGCCGCACGACCGUCCUGGCCUUCAUCACGGCGCACAUCCACUCGGCGCCCUUCUCGGCCAGCAAGCGCUCCACGACCCGUUGGUUGGCCGACCACCCGGAGCUGUGGAACUCGACGGCCGGCAGUAGCUUGCGCGCCGUCUUGGGCACCUGCGUCGAGCACCUGGGCGCGCGCAGCUACCGCGAGGACCUACGCCGCAACGCGUACGAGCCCACGGGCGAGCCCGAGGACGAGCUGCUGUACGCGGCGACGCCCGAGCUGGCCGCCAUCGUCCGUAGGGAGUGGAGCGGCGCGACAGGGGAGGGGGCAGGGGUGCGCGUCAUGAACCCGACGGCGCCGGGCCACACGCAGUUCGGCGAGGGCCUGCCGCUGCUGCAGGCGGGGAUCCCCGAGGUGUCGCUCAUCACGGCGCCGUCGUGGCUGCUCAAGGAGUUCCCGGUUGGGUUCGACGAGAGGGGCCUGGUCGACCUGGACGUGCUCGAGCGGCAGAUCGCGAGCUUUGAGCGCAUCUGGCGGUGGGCGGACGGCGUGGAUGCUGCGGCGUUUGGGGUGGUUCCGCCAAGGGGCUGA